CUGCAACGCCGGAGAUCCCCUGGCCUGCUUGGAUGCUGGGCGGUUCGGGUAUCAAAGGUCUGUUCUUAUUUGAAAUGGCGAACGUUGUUCGACAUGUCUGAGAUCAAACCCGAUUCGGAUACUUGAGGCAAGCCUCCUCUCGUCAUCUUCAGCACGACACCGGGUUAUCGCACACCAUCAUGGCGGACGCAGUCGUUGUUCAGCGUGUACCUUCUCUUGUGACCACGAGUGUUGUCGUGGUUUCUGCCGUUUUCCCGUUGCUCUCUCUCAUCACGAUCUUGUUCCGGUACAAGGCUCGAAGAGUCGCUCGUCUCCAACUACAAUCUGAUGAUUGGUGGAUUGUCAUAUCAUGGUUUCUUACAAUACCCCUCAGUAUUAACGUCUGGACGUUCGGGUCUAUAAUGGGAAUCGACUACUACAAAAUCGAUCCAAUGAAAGGGACCCAGAAAUCAUUGAUGUGCAUCUUGAUCUCUAGUACAAUUCUCCAGCCCGCGUUAGCCUCCGUGAAGAUCUCAGUCCUCUUGUUCUACAAGAGAAUCUUCUCCAAAGGCUCCACAACGUUUGGAAUUGUAGCUUGGGUUGGGAUCGUUGUCGUGGGUUGUUGGGGCAUUAUCUUCUUUUUCAUGAUUCUACUUUGCGGCAACCCAGUGUCAACAGCAUGGACCGGGGUAGGAACUUUCCGCUACGACGCCGUUCAGCUCGGAUACGCCCAAAGCGGGACUAGCAUUGCUCUUGACUUCGUGGUCCUCGCAUAUCCUCUUCCAGUCAUUUUUGGGCUCCAUAUGGAUGCAAAACGAAAGAUCGCGGUAAUGUUCAUCUUCUGGCUUGGUGCUUUCUGCGCUGUAGCGGCAAUCACUCGCUUGGUCUUACUUAGGGAGUCCUUAGAGUUAGUCGCGCAAUCGAAGGGCUUCGAAGCCGUCUACAACCAAGCCAAACAAUUCUGCUUCAUGAUCCUCGAACCCAACUGUUCCAUCAUUGCGGCCUGUCUCCCUUGCUAUGGGCCUCUCUUCGCCCACGGUCGAGGCAUGGAGUCCAUACUUCGCAGCGUGCGUUCCGUAUUCUCUCUCCGUAGCCGCUCCUCUCCACAUGGUUCCGACAACUCACGAAACUGGACCCCGGGACAGCCAAAGGUCUCUGAUGUAGACGGAAGCAUAGCGCUUAUUAGUUCCGAGGGUAUCUCGCAGCAUACUAAUGAGGAGCACGGGGGACGUGAUUUGCAGGAGAUUCGCGUUACGAAGGGAUAUCAAGUCAGAACGGAGUCAAAAAGAGUGAAUUGA